UCAUGCGAUUGUUUCACAACAAUCAAACAUAUGUUAGACUACAUAAGUAUACAACACAUUCUAAAUUUCUUAAUGUAUUUCUUAUUUAAAUUCACACAAAAUAGUAAUACACGCAAAACUAUUUAAAAUCGUUUCUUCAGUACGGUCGGAUUCUGUUUUUGAUGCCGCUUCGAAAUUGUGAGGCUCUCUAAGAAACUAGUUACGGAAUAAUGGAUAUAAUGAGUGUGAUAUGAUGACAGUGGACUGGGGCCGUAUUGAAUUAUAUGACUGAGAACGUCGUGAGCCGGUUCCGAGCUAUGGAGGAGCGGCGGAAGGUGGAGCCAUAUCAAGGCGAACUGCUGAAGUACACCAACAUUUUCAGAGGAUGGCAGAAUCGUUGGUUCGUCUUGGAUUCGGACAUGGGCGUUCUGAAGUACUACCAGUGCGAGCCUAGCAAAUGCAAACGCCCCAAAGGGAGCAUCUAUCUGAAAAACGCCAUAAUAUCGACUAGCGACGAAGACCCGCUGUCCUUCUCGGUCGUCUCCAAGGAAAAGUCCUCGGCCAAACUCAGAGCCAAGUCAAUGCAAGAGAGAAACUCGUGGAUGGAGAAGCUCGCCUUGGUGGCCGAACGGCACUCCGUCGUCUCGGACUCGCCCAUCCCACGGCGUCCGACGUCCGUCGGGCCCGACGCCGACUUCAGAAAGGCGCUCGAAGAAGCGGAGCAGAGCGUGACCAAGUCGUGCGAAAGCUAUUUUUACCUGUCGAGGGCACUCGACACCCUACCUCUUCCUCCAUACGGCCCGUUUUACAACCUCGGACCGGAAUUGCAAAGUUUAAAGGAGUGCUCGGAGGCGAUGCAGGAAUCGCUGACGCGGUGCAUAGCGUCCGUCCGGGACAGUCCGAUCGAGACUGUACAAUCGACCAAAUCCAAGGAUACGUUGAGAAGCAAGAAGUCUUUGAAAAUUCCACCACCGAUGUCCCUGGAAAAAUCCAUGCCCCUCGCCUCAUCCAAAUCCAGGCACUGCUUCAACGGAGCUAACAACAUGGGCGCCACUCUCUCCAAUGACACCAUCUCCUCCAAUAAUUCUUUUAAAGCGAAUCAACAACCGGAGGUUAAAGACCUCCCCACCGCCUAACUGGUCUCUGAUUUUGACUCAAAACAGAGUAUCUUAAACUUACCAAUCGACUGAAAAAGGGCGUGUUUUUCUAUUUAAACAUUAAAUGUAUUCAUAAAAAAUA